AUGUCACUACUUUUGUUUGGUACGAAUGUAAUGCGCAAAAGUUCAAAACAUUUUAAAGAUUGUCUUUUACUAUGGUUCAAUUUGAAAACAUCAGACGUUGAACUUCAUACCUCAACAGUGAAACGAUGUGAUGAAACAUUCUUCAAUUUGCAUCAGCAAAUAAUGGUGACGGAUGACAAUAAAGAAGUGCGUAUUCGGGAUUUUUGCGACAUGGAAAGUGCUGAUUGA